GUGAGCUGACCUCACACUGGUGGUUCCCAGUCAGAACCCAAACAUUCUGUAGCGAGAAGAGCUCCUUAGUUGCUCAGAGAAAUAUAGGACAGAUGCUAGCCUACAACUAAAUACUUCCUUUCAUCCAUACGAUAACAAACUAGCAGUUUUGGAACGAUGGACAAGGUUCAAAGUUCUUUCACCAUUUUAUUUUUGUUUUUAAUGGAAUUCCCACUUCAUCUGUGCUUGCCUUAUGCAGGUGAGUUCAAACCAGUUGGACAGACAACACGCUUAAUGGGUUAUAUACAGUCACAAAGACCCACAAAUGUCACCAAAAAGCCCACACUGUACGCUAAGGAAUUUCAAUUAUCUCACGUUCAAGGAGCUUUCUCAAAACACAGAGAUGAGUCAUUGUUAGUACUCGCCAAGGCUGACCCCCCACCUGUGCACCAGCUAACAUCCCCUCAGGUCGACUGGGGACACCCUGGGCAAUUCUCUGUCCCUUUCCAGGAACAUCACACGCUGAUUCCUCAUAGACCUGCUCUUGCUCAAGUAAUUACAAUUGCGUGUAUAGCCUUCAGUAUUGCCCUGAUAUGUGGGAUCACUAUUUCCUACAUGAUAUAUCGACUGGUACAGGCUGAGGAAAAACAACAACUUGCGUCGCUCUAUAAAAAUGUCAAGAUACCAUUAUUAGGAGAUGAAGAGGAGGGCUUUGAGGAUGAGGGCCAGGAUGAGUCCACGCACCUCCUUCCAGAGAGUGAGAAGGAACUGGAAAAGUUCAUUAAUUCAGUCAUUAGAUCAAAAAGAAGAAAACAUAUGGAAAAGAAGAGAUUGAACACAGAGCAAAAGUUGGUAAAGGAAGUAGAAAUAAAGGAUGCUAUACAUACCGCAGAUCCGGGGCGUCUGUGAAAAGAAAUGAAAGAGAGGCAGGACAUGCCAGCCAGUGUGGAGGAAACAGUGACAGAUGACAGAAUGUGAGCAUGACUUGCUCCUGGAGAACCUUGUGCAAGAGCACUCUAAAGGAAGAACACCAGACGUAAAAACAGGAAAUAAAUUCAUAUGAAUUUAUU